AUGAGACAAGUGUCAAGUCAACAAACUCGUCGCCCAUCCAGUCAGGCUAUCACCCGCAUGACUCAAGUGCGAACCGGAGGCACUCCCAAUAUUACGCCCAGCCGCAUCAUCACCAACACACCCAAUAUUACGCCCAGCCGCAUCAUCACCGACACAGGAGGCCAGUCGGGAGAAUCAGGAGGCCCUAUGCCUCCUCCUACCAUUGGACCCACCCCCACACGUGCACCCGUCAUCACCCCUAGUCGGAUAAUCAACAGUACAGGACCUCAUACCGGUAAGAGGGCACAGUCAAACCCCCAGCGUCACUACAAGGCGACUCGCCAACAAUCCGCCCCCCCCCCCCCAAAUCCAAUCAUCCACCAUGGGCCCCCCAUUCCUCAACCAGAACUCAUGUCCGAAGAUGAGAGCCUGGUGGACAAGGUACGUGCAUCGACCUCCGAUGACGAGGCUUAUACUGUGAUCCGCCCAACCCCGCAACCUGUCCACCAACCGCCGCAACCAUACGCAGCUGUCCACCAACCCCUGCAAACGCCCGCAUCACGUGCCGACCAUCGUCCAGCUGCUGCAGUCCCCGCCCCUCCUCGUCGUGCUCCCCCAGUGGGUAACCACCCACUUGUUGAUUCCAUGCUCGCAUCUGCGCAGCUGUUGGAUACAGACCUUCAGCUAGUGCAGCAACUAUUCAACGCCCCCGAGGAAACCCGCUGGCAACUACAAGUUGUCAUGUGGUUGACCCAACGCCGCCUCACUGCUGCAUUACCCGCCGCGGCUGACCCCGCCCAUAUGUUUAUUCCCAGGUUUUCCGUACCCGAGUGCGUCAAAGGAUCCAAGAGAUCCUCAUGCGAAGCACACUUGAAUAGUACAGCCGGGCACAAUCGGCACAUGGGCAAAUCUCUCUACAUAUUAGAGCAGUCUCCAGCUUUCCGGAGACAACACCUUCCCGCGGGGAUUCCCCACAAUCACGAAGCCAUGGCGGGCCUCGCAACCUUCUUGCGCGGAAUGGUCAAGCAUGAGCAAACUCACAUGCGCAACUUGCUCUUGUCAAAUGUUUGA